UCCGCAAUCACUAAUCAGUUGUCAAAUUACACUUUUGGUGGUUGGUUGUUCAUUUUGUGUUUGAUUAUUCGAUCGUAAUUAUUUACGAACGGUGCAGUGUUCAUUUAUAAAACAUGUCGCUCAAAAUGGAGUUCGACUACGAGGCGGCAACGGCAUUAAUGGACAAAUUUUCUCAGGCAGAUAUCGAUCAUUUGCGGGAAUGGAUUUUAACUUUGGAUAUAAAUAAAUGUGUACCGAAAGAUCUUACGGAUCAGCAGUUAGUCUUGUUUUACCACGCUUGCUACGGUAAUUUAGACAAGGCUAAAAUAUGUAUAGAAAAAUAUUAUGCACACAAGAAAAAUUCGCCAGAUAUGUUUGACAACCGUAUAGUUUUUUCGGAUGAGCUGAAGCCUUCUACUGAAGCCCUAGAGUUCUCGUUUUUCCCCGAGAAGUCUGUGGACGGCUACGACGUGAUCUACCAUCGCCUGCACUACACGGAACCCUCCAAGUACCAUCUGGAGCCUGGCUGCAAACUCCUCUUCAUGACCGUUGAUGCGUGUCUCUGCAAGCGCGGGCCCACGCCCGGCUACAUAUUCCUGUUCGACAUGAGAGGAGUCCGGCUUGGGCAUCUCACGCGCGUCAGUCUUUCCUUUCAAAAGGAUAAGCAAAGGUCCCUCCGUAAGUUCUUCCAGUUCGUGCAGGAGGCCUGGCCUGUCCGCAUGAAGGGCAUCCAUGUGCUCAACUCGGAGCCCAUCGUGGACAAGCUGCUUAUCCUCAUCAGGCCGUUCAUGGAGAAGAAGUUCUACGACAUGCUAAAAUUCCACAGCAAAACCGAAGACCUGGAGAAGUUCUACGAAACAGUCGUCCCUCGCUCCGCCCUCCCCCCCGACUACGGCGGCACCCUCCCCGACACACAGACCCUUCACAAGAAGUGCAUGCAGCAGCUCCAAGCUCUGGAACCUUACUUUGCUGCUGAGGAAGAGCAAAGGGCCAGGGCAUAUCCAGAUAAGAAGAGAGAUAAGGCGUUGAAUAAGAAUUUUAAGAAAUUGGAUAUAGAUUAAUAAUUAUGUAUCGUUUUUAGGUCUCAAAAAAGGUGCGUCGAUGAGUCUCUUAUUUUUACUUCUAAGUAUAUGCUCAAAAGGUGUUUAAUUUAGGCUGGCUAAAAAUAUGUCUAAUAGGCUGGCUAAGCGUUUUGAUACUAGAAAACGAGUUAAAAAUUCUUAAAUGUGAAAGGUUCACUUCAACAUUUUGGUAGACCAAAUUGACGAGAAUAUGUGGAAUAAAUCUUAAACCUCGUUUUCAGUCCAAAUUCAUCCUUUAUGUAUAUGUACUUUGGUUAGGCACCAACACUUUCUCGUCAAUUUGGUCUGCUCAAUUAUCGUAGCUAGGCGUUAUAAACUGAUGGGCCCUAAAAAGCAGACGCUGUUCAAAAAUGAAUGCAACAGCUCCACGCCUUGGAACCUUACUGUGUUUCUGAGGAAGAGCAAAGUGCUAGAGCGUAUCCGGACAAGAAAAGAGACUGCGUUGAAUAAGAAUUUGAAGAAAUCGGAUAUGAUUAGUAAGGUUAUAAGGUGUCUUUUUUGGGUUUUAGAAGGUGUCAUAGCUUUUAGCAGCGUACUCAAACGAUGUGUAAUUUAGCCUGGCUAAAAAUGUGUAUAAUUUAAUCUGUGUGGCUAGAUAUAUGUAUUUUAGUCUGGCAAAUCAUUAUGACACAAGUAAAAGACGGCACAUUCAAAGUAGUUAAUGAAAGGUUUACAUUUGCAUUUUAAAUUUCUCUGUUUUUUUCUAAUAUUAUCAUAGGUAGCCAGACUAGAUAUGCAAUGUAUGCUAGCUAUGACAAAAUUUUAGUCAAAUUCAUCUUUUAUAAUCAUUUAAGUGUCUAGUUGAAUCUUUUAGACGAUGGAUCCAAAAUAACUCACCCUAAAAACCAGACCCUCAAUAAAAAUUGUUCCAAGUUUUAGAACCUUACUUCGCUGCUGAGGAUUAGGGCUUACAAGAGAGAUAAAACGCCGAACAAGAAUUUCAAGAAGUUGGAGGUUAGUAACAGUUGUAGGGGUCUGGCAAAAAAGCGUGUCGC